AUGGCUUCUCAACCAUGGAACCCGGCAACAUGGCGCGCAAAGCCCAUCAAACAGUCACCAAGCUAUCCUGAGCCAGAGAAGCUGACCAAGGUCGUCAAUGAGCUCUCGCGAAUGCCGCCCUUGGUCCACCCUAAUGAGAUCCUCGCUCUCAAGGCUCACCUGCGGGAUGUUGCCCAUGGCAAAGCCUUCCUUCUGCAGGGCGGCGAUUGUGCCGAGCUCUUUGACUACUGCCAGCAAGGCACCAUCGAGUCCAAAAUCAAGCUGCUCUUGCAGAUGAGCGUUGUUCUUAUUUGGGGCACCAAUAAGCGAGUUGUUCGUAUCGGUCGAAUGGCCGGCCAGUAUGCCAAGCCUCGUUCGAGCCCGACCGAAUUGCAUCAGGGUCGGGAGAUUCCAAGCUUCAGAGGCGAUAUUCUCAAUGGCUACCAUGUCGAUGAGAGAGAAAUCGACCCUAAUCGCCUAAUCAAGGCUUACCACUACUCUGCAGCAACCCUCAACUACAUCCGUGCUUCCAUCGCAUCCGGAAUUGCUGACCUUCACCGGCCCUUGGAUUGGGGUCUGGGUCACGUACGUGAUCCUGUCCUGAAGGAGAAAUACUCAUCCAUUGCAAACAGCAUUCAGCAGACUCUCCGCUUCUUGCAAGUUAUCAACUCGCGUCCAGAUGAGCUGCACACAGUUGAGCUAUUCACCAGUCAUGAGGGCCUGCUUCUGGAGUAUGAGGAACCUCUGACUCGACUGCUAGAGACGCCUACUGCUCCUCCGCCGCCCCCUGCUAGUAGCAGAGCCCCUUCUCCCACUCCAGCUACAAGUGACGACAAUUCCAAACCCAGCCAAGCCUACUACGACACAUCAGCACACUUCAUUUGGAUUGGAGAUAGAACGCGUCAACUCGAUCAUGCCCACGUUGAGUUCUUCCGUGGCAUUGCCAACCCCAUUGGCGUCAAAGUUGGUCCGACGACGCCGACUUCUGACCUAUUGGAUCUGCUACGAACACUCAACCCCGACCGUGAGCCCGGAAAGAUCACCCUGAUCACUCGCUAUGGCGCAAACAAGGUUGGAGAGUUGCUACCAAAACACAUUCGCGCAGUUGAGGACUCAGAAUACCGCCAGUGUGUUGUUUGGCAAUGUGACCCCAUGCAUGGGAACACGCUUUCUACACCUUCAGGAAUAAAAACCCGCCGUUUCAACGAUAUCUACAAAGAACUUCAAGAGUCGCUUCGCAUCCAUAAAGAGCAGAAAAGUUACCUCGGCGGUGUUCACCUCGAACUUACUGGUGACGCCGUCACUGAAUGCUUAGGAGGUAGCGAAGGACUCGAGGAGGAUGACUUGUCCACCAAUUACACCUCUUUCUGCGACCCUCGACUCAAUGAGAAGCAAGCACUUGAGCUUGCAUUUCUAGUUGCCGAUCAUUUUUCACAAGAACAGAAAAAUGAGGCGUGA